AUGACUGAGCCAUCAUCAGCAGCAGAGCCCUCAACACCUCCUACAGCUCCCGCACCCAUACCCCGACUUCAGACACCGUAUGAGCUGGGUUGGAAGAUCAUUCAACUCCUCUACCAUUUUGAGAAAUGCAACGCUCACCGCUUCCAGUGGAUAGUGGCGAGGUUUAAGGGUAAAGACCCUGGGCCACCUCCUCCAAAUACACCAGAGCCUGAGGCUGAGACCGAGGAGCUGGCACCAGAGGAGCCAGCAGCUAAAGCUGGCCAGGCAGUUGAGCCCCCUGAGCAGACACCGGCGAAGCCCACGGUUGAGUAUGCAGUAGUUCAGAGAGUUGAGGAGCUGGUAGCUGGAGUCGAGCAGAUAGUAGAGAUGGCAGCAGAGCCAGCUGACCAGGCAGUUGACGAGCCGGCAGCUGAGACCACCAUAGAGACAUCCUGA